UGCACAGCACACUGUUCCUUUUCAAAAUGGCGGCCAACAUAGAAAACAUAAGAAUCCAACAAAAAUAGCGUUAUUCUCAGUGCGAAAUUAGACAUUUUCUUCGGAAAGAAGAAAAUAAUUGACUGCUUAUGUCUAUAUACUUCUGAAGGUUUGUUGGCUGUUAUAUUAUCUAGAAGCAAGAGUUUUACCAUGUCACAGCCAAGCCGGCCUUUGCCGCAAAGCAAGGAGACAUUGCUCAAAUCUUACACAAAAAGGCUAAAAGACGAUGUCAAAUCCAUACUUGAUAACUUCACUGAGAUCUUGAAAUGCUCAAAGGUUGAAGAGGAGACUCAAGUAGCACGACUUACUCAAAGUGUACAGGACCAGUAUGAGGUCAACGUCAGAGCAGCCAACAUUGUCCGGGCUGGAGAAUCUCUGAUGAAACUUGUGUCUGACAUCAAGGAGUUUCUUAUCCUGAAUGACUUCCCCUCUGUGAAUGAGAGUAUUGCCGAGCGUACUAGAAGAUUACAAGCCAUACAGAACCACACUGACUCACAGCUGACAGCUUUAAAAGAAGACAUGGCUACAACCUUGUAUGGACUGGAGGAAGCACUGUAUUCAUCUGCUUAUAGAUAAGAACUGGAUGCUGUUUGUUUGCUGUAGCAUAAAACCCAUAGAUAGCAUCAUUCAUCUGCUUAUAGAUAGGUACUGGAUGCAGUUUUUUUUUACUGUAGCAUAAAACCUACAGAUAGCAGGAAGAAGAGAAUGGAACAGACAGUUAUCCUCAGUAGAUUUAAUAAUUUUAUAAAAGAAAAAAUGUCGGAAAUCUUUGAAUCAAUAAAAACAAAUGCCUG